AUGAAUUUUUUGAAAUUCUUAUAUAGAGAGCAAAACAAGCAUGAGGUAAAUCAAAAACUGAUAAAACAUAUAACUUAUUCAAAUGAUGAUGAAUAUUAGGGAGAAGUAGUAAAUGAUAAAAGACAUGGAUAAGGAACUUAUAAAUUUGUGUCUGGGAAUCGUUAUGAAGGAGAAUGGAAAAACCACUAAAAACAUGGGAAAGGAAAGUUAUAUUAUAAAAACGGUGAAUUAUACAUAGGAGAUUGGAUAGAGAAUAAAAAAUGUGGAGAGGGAAUGCAUUUUUAUAUUAAUGGAGAUCGAUAUGUAGGAGUAUGGAAAGAUGAUUAAAGAGAUGGAAUGGGUUUAAUAUAUUAAUCAGAUAAAAAUAUUUUCUAUGGUAUUUAUUAAACAUUAAUAAUGUAGGAUAAUUCAGAUCAAAUAAAAAAAUAGGAACUGGCUAUUUAUUUAGUACAAGAGAGAGAAAAUAUUAUAAAUAAUAGUAUGAAUAGGAUAACCUAAUAGAAAAUAUAUAAAUAGAUGAACUACCUUAAUUUGUAUUAGAAAAGUUUCAUGUAAAAUCUGAAAAAAAUCAAAAUGAAAGGGAAAAGAUUGAAGAAUCUAUAGUUUAAGUUGAUAGUACUUUACCUAUUAUUCAAAUAGAUAAUGAAAAAGAGUAAGAUUCAUAACCAAUUUAAUAAGAAGAAAAUGAUUAAUAAUAAAAAGAAGAUUGUAAAUCAUAAUAAUAAAUUAAUUCAUUUUAACAUGGAUUUAUAAGUUUGUAAGUUUUAGAAAGAAUAGAAGAAUUUGAGAAUUAAAAAAAUAGUAAAUUUAUAUUUUAAAUUUUAGUGUAGGAAUGGUAAUUAUAAGAAGUAUGUGGUUGGCUUGAUUCUUUACAAUUAUCAGAAUAUAAAGAAGAAUUCAUUAAAAAUUAAAUGACUGGAAAAACAUUAUAUGGAUUAACAGAUAAUGAAUUAAAAUAAGAUCUAGGAAUUGUUGUAUUAGGUCAUAGAAAAAAAAUAUUAUAAUCUAUAGAAGAAUAUAAAAAAUAUUAUAUGAAAUUUAUGGAAGGGAAAAUUAGAUUGAAGAAACCUUUAGAAUCAUUAGAAGAUAGAAAAGCUCAAUAUAAUUCUAUUGAAUAAUAAAGAUUUAAAAGUAUAUUAUCUUAUAUGGAGAAAAUUGAGGAAGAACAAAAUGAAUAUCCUGAUAAUAAUUAAAAUGAAUCAAGCAGUGAUUCUUAUAAUAGUUAUAGAAAGAAAAAAAAUAUAAGAGAAAAUCAAAAAUCACCUACUAGAUCUGUUUCUAAUCAUUCUGAUUAAAGUAGUCAAAGUGAUAAUAUGUCUUCAAAAUUAAAAAGAUAGAAAACCAAAAAAAGUAAAAAAUAAUAAAAAAAAAUAAUUAUGGAUCUAUAAAAAUCAGGUGAUUCAGCUGAUGAUGAAGAAGGAAAAUAAUAAUUAAUUUCACCUAUUUGUAAUAUAAUAUUGUUAUAUUUAGAAUCUCCGAAUAAAACGAUUGAUAAAAUGAGUGAUUAAAAAAUAGAUAUGUUAGUUUUAAAUGAUUUUGUAAAUUGCUUGGAAGAAUUUAAAGAUAAAGAUCUCAAUAUAACAAUAGAAUUAUCAAGAUAAUAAUCAAUAAAUAAAUAAGAAUUAUCUGAAUUUAUAUCUUCAAGAAGUCCUCCAUAAAUUAAUGUAAUAAAUGAAGAAAUAAAUUAACUCUAAUUAGAAAAAUUAUAAUCUAUUACUUAAUAAUUAUCUCGUUAGAAAUCAGAAUUAAAUAAUAAUAAAUUUUAAGAUUAAGAUUCAUCAAGUUAAGAGUCAGAUGUUUCAGGAAAUGAUUCAAGUUCAGAUUCAUCUGAUGAUGAGAAGAUUAAAAAAAAAUAAAAAAAACAAAAAGAAUUAAAAAAAGAAAAAGAUGAUAUAUAAUAACAUCAUUUGCCAAAAAAACUAUUAUUUUUACUUAAAGAAUUUGGCAUAAAUGAAAGAGUACUUAUAGUUUUUCAUGAAUUAAUAAUAGGAUAAAUAAUUGGUGAAGGAGGAUAUGGAGUAGUACAUAAAGGUAAAUGGUUAGGUUAAGAUGUUGCUAUUAAAUUAUAUUGUAAAAGAAAAUCAUAAGGAAAUUUGAAAUAUAAAUUAUAAAUAGCAGAUUUUUUAAAAGAAGUUGAAGUAAUUUCAAAUCUUCGACAUCCAAAUAUAGUUUUAUAUAUGGGAGUAUGUAUAAGGAAAUAAAAUUAUUUUUUAAUUACUGAAUAUUUAGAAGAGGGUAGUCUGUUUGAUCAUUUACAUAAAAAGAAAACAAAUAUUGAUUAAAAAGCAUUGAUGUAAAUAGUUGAGGAUAUUGCAUUAGGCAUGAAUUAUCUUCAUGGUAGAAAAGUAAUGCAUUGCGAUUUAAAAUCAUCUAAUGUUUUAAUAGAUUAAAAUUGGAAUGUUAAAUUAUGUGAUUUUGGUUUAUCUAGAAUUAAUAAAAAAAUAGAUCAUAUUAAAAUUAAUAAAGGAGUAAGAAUAGGUACACCACAUUGGAUGGCACCAGAAAUUAUGAGAGGAGAAACAUAUUAAGAAAAAGCNAUAAAAAUCAGGUGAUUCAGCUGAUGAUGAAGAAGGAAAAUAAUAAUUAAUUUCACCUAUUUGUAAUAUAAUAUUGUUAUAUUUAGAAUCUCCGAAUAAAACGAUUGAUAAAAUGAGUGAUUAAAAAAUAGAUAUGUUAGUUUUAAAUGAUUUUGUAAAUUGCUUGGAAGAAUUUAAAGAUAAAGAUCUCAAUAUAACAAUAGAAUUAUCAAGAUAAUAAUCAAUAAAUAAAUAAGAAUUAUCUGAAUUUAUAUCUUCAAGAAGUCCUCCAUAAAUUAAUGUAAUAAAUGAAGAAAUAAAUUAACUCUAAUUAGAAAAAUUAUAAUCUAUUACUUAAUAAUUAUCUCGUUAGAAAUCAGAAUUAAAUAAUAAUAAAUUUUAAGAUUAAGAUUCAUCAAGUUAAGAGUCAGAUGUUUCAGGAAAUGAUUCAAGUUCAGAUUCAUCUGAUGAUGAGAAGAUUAAAAAAAAAUAAAAAAAACAAAAAGAAUUAAAAAAAGAAAAAGAUGAUAUAUAAUAACAUCAUUUGCCAAAAAAACUAUUAUUUUUACUUAAAGAAUUUGGCAUAAAUGAAAGAGUACUUAUAGUUUUUCAUGAAUUAAUAAUAGGAUAAAUAAUUGGUGAAGGAGGAUAUGGAGUAGUACAUAAAGGUAAAUGGUUAGGUUAAGAUGUUGCUAUUAAAUUAUAUUGUAAAAGAAAAUCAUAAGGAAAUUUGAAAUAUAAAUUAUAAAUAGCAGAUUUUUUAAAAGAAGUUGAAGUAAUUUCAAAUCUUCGACAUCCAAAUAUAGUUUUAUAUAUGGGAGUAUGUAUAAGGAAAUAAAAUUAUUUUUUAAUUACUGAAUAUUUAGAAGAGGGUAGUCUGUUUGAUCAUUUACAUAAAAAGAAAACAAAUAUUGAUUAAAAAGCAUUGAUGUAAAUAGUUGAGGAUAUUGCAUUAGGCAUGAAUUAUCUUCAUGGUAGAAAAGUAAUGCAUUGCGAUUUAAAAUCAUCUAAUGUUUUAAUAGAUUAAAAUUGGAAUGUUAAAUUAUGUGAUUUUGGUUUAUCUAGAAUUAAUAAAAAAAUAGAUCAUAUUAAAAUUAAUAAAGGAGUAAGAAUAGGUACACCACAUUGGAUGGCACCAGAAAUUAUGAGAGGAGAAACAUAUUAAGAAAAAGCAGAUGUCUAUAGUUUUGGUAUGAUAUUAUGGGAAAUUAUAACAUAAUAAAUUCCUUAUGAAGGAUUAUCAUAAACUUAAAUAAUUGGAUCUGUUGGUUAUGGAUAAGAUUAAGUACCAAUACCUUCUUAGAGCAAUCCUCCUAUUUUACUUUAAUUAGCUAAGAAAUGUUUAAAGAAAAAUCCAAAUUAAAGACCUACUUUUGCUGAUAUUGUUAAUGAAAUUCAAUUAGGCUAAAAAACAGAUGCUAUAUUAAAAAGUAUUAUUAUAUAUAUGUUAUACUUUAGAAUAAGCAAUAAAGCAACUCAUUGACUUUUUUGAAUGA